AUGCUUGGCUUUAUUGAAAAGCAAAAAGGAGCUCCUUCUAGGAUAAGAAACGAUCUUGAUUUGCGAUUUUUUUUGGAUGAUCAAAGUAGGCCAAUUUUAAGGAUAUUUGUGGUUGAGAAGAUUAUAGAGACUACAAAUUCAGUUGUAAAUGAUGAAGAGCAUCCUGUUACAAUGGAUAUUCCUAUAAAUGAGGAAGCUUCACUACAUCCGAUAUCAACACAAGGUAACCGCUACACAGAUGAUGACGGCACAGAUUUUUAUACGGGUAAAAUUUUCAAAGACAAGCAAAAAUUAACUAAAUUGUUGAAGCUUGCUUCCGUGAAGAAAGAUCAAAGAUUCAAAUCUGUGAAGAGUUCUAAAGAUGUGUAUUGUGCUAGAUGUGUAGAUCAGAAUUGUGAUUGGUGGUUGCGAGCUACAAAACUUAAAAGUUGUAAUAGAUUUGAAAUUACAAAGUAUCGCAGCAUUCACUCAUGUGGGGCACAACACCUUACAAGUCAUCAUCCACAUGCCUCAGCAGAUGUCAUUGCAGAAUACAUACAACCUAAUUACUUGAAUGGAAAAGGUCCCUCCACAAAAGACAUAAAAAAUAUAGUGCAAGCAGAUUUGGGCUGCAAGAUUAGUUACUGGAAGUGUUGGAAAAGCAGUGAGAUAGCAAAGGCUAUGAUAAGAGGGACACCGGAGCACGGAUAUGCAGUUCUAGAUGGUUAUCGUCAUAUGCUUAUGACUAUAAAUGAAGGAAGCAAGACAUCGUUAAAGCUUGAUGACAAGGGAAGGUUCAAAUAUUUUUUUGCAUCUUAUGGAGCUUGGAUUAGGGGGUUUGUGCAUAUGAGAAAAGUUUUAGCCGUUGAUGGAACAUUCUUAAGAGGUCGUUACGAUGGAGUUUUGUUGUCUGCUGUCGCACAGGAUACAGAAAAUCAUGUUUUUCCUGUUGCAUUUUGUGUAGUAGAUAAGGAAUGUGAUGCCGCAUUUGAGUACUUUUUUGAGAAAUUGUUGGACAUAGUCCCUGAUACUUCAGAGUUGUGCAUUAUUUCUGAUAGGCAUCCAAGCAUAGAAAAAAUACUAUCAAAUUUUUACUCUGAAGCAUACCAUGGAUGUUGCACGAGGCAUCUUGGUGAAAAUGUCCGUAAAAUUUUUCAUUGUGGAGAUUUUCUUGGACAUUAUUACCAUGCAACAAAAGCAUAUCGGAGAGAUGUGUUUCAUGACCAUUUUGAACAAAUUCAAAUUAUCAAUGCGGAGGUCGCUGAUUAUCUUGAGAAUGUUGGGUUUCACAAAUGGAGUAGAGCAUAUUUUCCAGGAAACAUAUAUGAUGUAUUGACCUCAAAUAUUGUUGAGUCUGUUAAUGCAAUGUUCAAUGAAGCAAGAGAAUUUCCCAUUAUUGCCUUGUUCAAUGAUAUAAGCAAGAGAUGGUCGAAAAAAUUUCAUGAGAGAAGAAUGGCAUACGCCAAGUUAAAAACCACCUUCGUUCCUUCAGCUGAAACUAAAAUAAUGGCUAAUAAGAAUCUGGGAAAUAAAUUAUUGGUCCAUCAAAUUGAUGAGGACACCUUCAGCGUCACCGCGGACAAUGGAAUCGCAAUGGUCCAUCUUUGA